GAGGUGGACCGGGAGGUGGAGGGAUAACAGUGGCCUCACAAAAUCGUGCGUAAUUUUCUUCAUCUUCUUCUUGUUCUUUUGUUAGAACGGAGACGAGAGAAAAUAAGAAGAAGAAGAAGAAGAAGAUGAGGGGAGGUAGAGAGGGAGAGGGAGAGGGAGAGGGAGUGUGAAGUCCAUCCAUAGCCAUCGCCAAUCGCAUAAGAGGAGGAGGAGGAGGAGGAGCAGGGAAGGAGGGAAGCAGAUAGAUGAGUUCGGAGACGGACGGGAAGGGGUGGAGCAAGGCGGCGAGGGGAGUGGUCGUCAAGGCGUUGCUGGUGGCGGGGGGCGCUCUCCUCCUCCGCCGUCUCACCAAGUCCACCACUCGAUGGGACCACGCCCGCUUCGUCUCUCACUCCCUUUCCGGCGAAAAGUUCUCCAAGGAGCAAGCCGCCAGAGAUCCCGAUAAUUACUUCAACAUCAGAUUACUUACGUGCCCCGCCGCUGAGAUGGUGGACGGCUCGAGGGUCCUCUAUUUCGAACAGGCGUUCUGGAGAACUCCCCAGAAGCCCUUUCGCCAGAGGUUUCUGUUGGUCAAGCCCUGUCCAAAAGAGCUGAAAUGCGAUGUUGAGGUUAGCUCAUUUGCCAUCAGAGACAUGGAAGAGUAUAAGAACUUCUGCGAUCGUCCAAAAGACCAGAGGCCACAACCUGCUGAAGUGAUCGACGAUGUUGCAGAGCACUUGACAACAAUAUAUAUGAAGCGUUGUGAUCGUGGAAAGCGUUGCUUAUACGAAGGUUCAACUCCACCUAGCGGGUUCCCUAAUUCGUGGAAUGGGGCAGCCUACUCUACUUCUGAACUUGCAGUUUUGAAGAACCACGAAUUACAUUUUUGGGAGAGGGGAUACGAUGAGGAUGGACAGCAGGUUUGGGGACCCAAGAAUGGUCCAUACGAGUUUAAGCCUGCACCAUCCUCGAGCUUCAGUGAUGUGUUCUCUCUAAAGUUUCCUCUUCCACAAUCCAUGGAGAAAAGUAUAGAGGGAUCAUUUGUUUUGCAGGAAUGAGUUAAAAUGUCCUUGUGUAAUAGUUUGAGAUAGUCUUACGUUGAGGGGCAAAUAUUGCAUAUGCUGCCUCCUAGCUGUCCUCUCGCAAGUUAUUUGGCACAUGCCCUGUAAAAUUGCAAAUCUCUUCAUUAUAUCAGCUGUACAUCCUGGUUGGAUUAAAAAUAGAGAAGUUACGAUUGUAAUGCUUAUAGUUACGAGUUUCCUUA